CUAAGGUCCGAACCUCACGGAAAAUCCGACCGUUUUGAAGGCGGCUGAAUAACAUACACAAUGUACGAAAUUGAUGAGAUAAGGCAUUGAGGUAAAGGCCUUAUGUGGCCAAAGGUAGGGUACAGUUCAAAGAGUCCAACUGGCAAAAGAUAAUUCAGCAAAUAUAUCCUGGGCAAGCGUCCUUCCUGACACGCAGUUCGAAGUGGUACUUUUAGUUGUACUCGCUUUGUUUCAUGUCUAUUUCCCCUCAGACAUGCUUUGAGUGUGAAUAUGGCAUUUUUGCUGAAUGAUCUUUCAGUGUCUGUAGUCGCAACCAGUGGGUUCCUGGCUAUCCUGAGCUACUUAACCUACCGCCUGCUCAUAGGACACCUGCUCCAGUUUUAUCAGCUGAAGAGUAUUCCAGAGGUCGGACCCUCGUACCCCUUCAUUGGACACGCGCUGAUUCUGAAAAGAAAUUCUGGAGAUUUCUUCUGCCAACUUGUUGGGGCGACAGACGAGUUCCGUAGCAGUCCACUGUUGAAAGUAUGGCUCGGACCGGUCCCCAUGCUGAUGCUGUACCAUGCGGAAACGGUUGAGGCUCUUCUGAACAACUCAGUUCACAUGGACAAGGCCCACAUAUACAGCUUUCUUCACCCAUGGCUGGGCACAGGUUUACUUACAAGCCUCACCCAGCCCAAGAGACCAAGAGGUCAGACUAAGGCAAGCACCGGGCCUAAAUGGCGCCAGCGAAGAAAGAUGCUGACUCCUACCUUCCACUUCUCCAUCCUGUUGGAGUUCCUGGAGGUGAUGAACGAGCAGGCGGACAUCCUUGUGGAGAAGCUGGACAGGGAGGUGGGCGAGGGCUCCUUUGACUGCUUCCAAACGAUUACCCUGUGUGCGCUGGACAUCAUCUGUGAAACUGCAAUGGGGAAGAAAAUGUAUGCCCAAAGUCAUUCAGAAUCCCAUUAUGUCCAGAGUGUGUACAAGAUGAGUGACAUCAUCACGCGGAGGCAGAAGGCGCCCUGGUUCUGGUGGGACGUCAGCUACAACCUUUUCGGCGAGGGGCUGGAGCACAACCGGAGACUGAAGACCCUCCAUGAAGUCACCUCCAACGUGAUUCGUGAGAGGGCGGACCACCUCCGUUUGGAGGAGGAGGAGGACUCUGACAGUGUUCCGGGGAACGGGACCAGGAAGCGGCGGGCCUUCCUUGACAUGCUCCUGAAGACGGAGGAUGAGGGAGGGAACAAGCUGACCCACAGGGAUAUCCAGGAGGAGGUGGACACCUUCAUGUUCGAGGGCCAUGACACGACCGCCGCCGCCAUGAACUGGGCCGUGCACCUGCUGGGUUCACACCCAGAGGUGCAGAGGAAGGUACAUCUGGAGCUCGAGGAGGUUUUCGGCGGGUCCAAACGAGCCAUUACCAUGGAGGACCUGAAGGAGCUCAAGUACCUGGACUGCGUCAUCAAGGAGUCCCUGAGGAUCUUCCCCUCAGUGCCCUUCUUCGCCCGGACACUCUGUGACGACAUCGUCAUUAACGGCUUCAAGGUGCCCAAAGGAGCCAACGCCCUCGUCCUGACCUACGCCCUCCACCGGGACCCCCGCUACUUCCCCAACCCCGAAGAAUUCCAGCCGGAGCGCUUCCUGCCAGAGAACUCUGUCGGCAGACCCCCAUACGCAUACAUACCCUUCUCUGCUGGCCUUCGGAACUGCAUCGGCCAGCGUUUUGCCAUGAUGGAGGAGAAAGUGGUUCUGGCGUCCAUCUUGCGCUCCUUCAACAUCGAGGCGUGUCAGAAACGGGAGGAGCUCCACCCCUUCGCAGAGCUAAUCCUGCGGCCAUCGAACGGCAUCCUCAUCAAGCUGGAGAGGAGGGAGUAGAUCUCUGGAAGUGAAACAAUUCAAUUGAUUCACAUGAUUCCUGAUAGAAUGCCCCCCGUCCUCUCAAGCCUCACGAGCCCCCCCACCCCCCAGGAGGGGGUCUUCAAGGAGCUGCAGGCGAGGAAGUGGUUCCCACGCUGCAGUGUUUCAAGUGCUAAUCCAGCUCAGUGUUGUCUACGUACUAGGAGGGAUUUCCUAGGGGGG